CGAAUUCCUAUUGAGCCAAGCUCCAUUUGUUGCUUACCGCUGCCUGGGCUUCUCCUCGCAAAAUGCGCUUUGCCGGUACGCUGCUGUGGCUCCUCGUCCUGGGUCUGGGGCACUGCGCCCUCGUGCAUUCUUCAAGGACUGGGGGCGUCAGGAAAAGAGGACCGUCCGUGACCGCCAAGGUCUUCUUUGACAUAAGGAUUGGAGACAAAGACAUAGGCAGAAUUGUAAUUGGCUUGUUUGGCAAAGUUGUACCCAAGACUGUGGAGAAUUUCAUUGCUCUGGCAACUGGAGAAAAAGGAUAUGGAUACAAAGGAAGCAAAUUUCAUCGUGUGAUCAAAGAUUUCAUGAUUCAAGGAGGAGACUUUACCGCUGGAGAUGGCACUGGAGGUACUAGCAUCUAUGGAGACAACUUUCCAGAUGAGAACUUUAAGCUCAAGCAUUAUGGCAUUGGAUGGGUCAGCAUGGCAAAUUCUGGACCAGAUACCAAUGGUUCUCAGUUCUUCAUUACUGUGACCAAGCCUAGCUGGUUGGAUGGAAAACAUGUAGUAUUUGGGAAAGUCAUUGAUGGAAUGAGUGUGGUGCACUCCAUAGAACUCCAACAAACAGAUGAUCAUGAUCGCCCACUUACAGACUGUGUGAUUACAAAUAGUGGCAAGAUAAAUGUAAAAGACCCUUUUGUGGUUGAAGUUGAUGACUGGUAACAACUUGAAGAAGAGAACAAAACUUUUGUUAAUUCCCAGGGGAAACUUUGGGGUAUUUAGAGUAACUUUUUCUUUUGUUUCUCUCUCUCUUUUUUUAAAAAACAUAAUGCAUAGCAAAUUUGUUCAGGAAACAGGAAAGAGUAACACAGAUCAAGCAGAAAAAACUUUUUAAAAAAUGGGUCAUUUCAGCAACUGGAUGCUUAGAAGAGUGCCAAGAAAAAAUAAUCGAAAUGUGGGCUUAUUGCUGGUGCUAUUUACCAAAAAAAUUUUGGUGUAGAGAAUUUUUAAAAUGAUACUAAGGUGUGGGAAAAGCCUUCAGAAUGCUGUUUCAUUUUAAGCCUAUAUAGAGAUUAAGAAAAAAGAUAACAACCACCAUGCUGGCCUACAGGGUUGUGAAGAAAAGGUAGCAACAUGAUAUUUUAAAAUCUGUUGUUGGUUCUAUAUUUAAAUACAAGUUUUUUUCAACUGAAGAAUAAGAUUAAUGUAGGUUACAGAUUUUUUUACACAAAUAAAAAUAGUUUAAUAAUUUGUGCAUUAAAAUUGUGAUUGAACAGCUUUUUUUACUUUCUAAAUUAAGAAAUAUUUAAGUGCCUGAAAACAUUCAAUAUAAUUUUUUUAAGUAAGCAUUUUGAUUAUACUGUAGACCCCAAAUACUGGCAUAACAGAAUAAUUUGAGGGAAACAUUCUGACUGUCUCUACUGGCCUCAAUCUGCCCACUACAGAUUUGAGUAAUUUGUUAAUUGAGAGGACAAAAACAAAGAUAAUGGUGGAACACUGAAAAAGUAUCUCCUCAAAGAAAAGACACUCAGAAAAAAAGUUGUUUGAUGUUUCUUGUUUUUCAGCAUCAAAAUUGCAGGAGGACUUAAAGUUAAAAGCUGAGGAAACCCUGGUCCCGAGGAAUGAUAACUGUGGUCAAAUAUAUAUAUAUAUGUUGCCUAGUUAUAGUAUAGAUGGCAAAAAUGCAGAUUUUGUUUUAUUACCAUAUUUUGGAGCAGAAGGCCAGCUAAAAUUAAGACUCAUAAGUCCAUAACAGACCUGAGCUCAGAGAAGAACUGAUAUUUGAACAGAAACCCAGUAAGACCUGAGAGAAGAUCUCAGAGCUUGCACUUCCUACUACUAUCUACUUUUUCUCUAAGUUUCUUCUGGUUUGACGAGUUAAUCUGACCUAUAUUCACACUGCCAAGUCACUGAAAGUUUCAGAGGAGGGUGACAACUAUCCUGAAAAUACUGGUAAAUAUUUAACAAUUGGCUGCCUGGGAAAACAUAUAUGUACAACAUACUUUUAAGUUUAAUUUAAAUUACCAACUUUUUAUCCAUAACUUUCUUAGGUUUAGACAGUUAACAGAAAAUAAAUCCAUCAAAUUGUAGUGUUUGCUGAUUUUCAGAUUACAAAUGCUCAUAAUAAAAAUUGAAUAAUUAGCUCUGCUGAGCUAAUUCAAAUUGUUCUCAGUACAUUCCUUAUUUUUUAUUAUUAUUAAUACAACCCUCCCUUCCUAUCACAACCCCCUUGAACUUAAAGGAUUGAAAAGGUUGACUUUGAUAGAAGGAAUGUAUUCUUCCUAUUGUACUCUAUGUCUUCUAAGUUCCAUCCACUGUGCUUCCCAUCUAACAAAUAAACCAAGAUGAAUUCUAGUCACUCUUAAUCAGAAACAUUUACUAAGCAUAAGAUAAUUACCAUUAUUACUAUAAAUAAUAGAAAUAGUAGUCCUGUUAGCCUAUAAGCCAGAGACACACUAUCCCACUGAUAUAUAUAGUGUCUGAAGGGGGACAGUUGGUCAAAUGUAAAGAACAAGAACGUACAUGUGUAGGGAAUCUGUGCUCGAGGCAGCUUGUAACACUGAAUUAUUGGCCUUGAUUUCCUUUUUUCCCCCUUUUCUAUUAGUAAGAGUCUGGCUAUUUCUUUACUCAAGUUGCUUCUUUUCUCUUCACCUGCUGGACAGAGAUACCUCUUUGCUGGCUGCUUCAUUUUUGUCAUCUUCUAUGCUGUGGGAUUAGUAUUUUGUUCUUUUAGCAGAAGUAGAAACUGUAAGCCAAGGAUCUACAGAACUUUUCUGUGACUGCCCCCCUAAUUAAACUCUGAGGGAUUUCUAACUCGUAUGCAGUAGGUUGAAGUGCAAAUAAAAUCUUUCUUCUUUCACUCAGAUCUUCCAAACUCAACUCUGUUCUUAGCUUCAUUCUGGUGAGUUCUUCUGAACUCUUGAGUAUUCUGAAAACCCAAGUUCAGCUAACCUGUUGUUCCAAAUCAGGGUCUCUCCAAUGAGGUCAUUCAUUUCUAUCCCAUGGUGAUAAACCAGAAUCCACAUUUCUAACAUUUAUAGUAUAACCAGGUAACAAUUUGUCCCAAGAUGAACACAUAGUUCUGGGAGCCAGGAUUUCCUAGCUAUUAACUUAGAGUCCCCAUGAACUUCUAUAAUCUCAUAAAUUUCCAAAUUUAGUGACGGAAAACAAGAAACUUCAACGAUCUUUACCAUUUUCUCUAAUUGGUUACUCUUUUUGCUGUUUCUUUGACAAUGGUCCUUGAUUACAUCAUUUUCCAUCAGCAAAACUAUCUAUAUUUGAAAAGGGCACCCUUUUUAAUAUGGAUGAGGGACAACUCUUUCGGUAUUUUGAGAUUUUUAUAUGGUAGAACAUUCUUUCAAAACUCCCUUGAAUCCAUAAAAGAAAAUAUCAUACAUUCCAACAGUAAUCCUUUGAUUUGUGCAUUAUAAUUCUUGUACUUGAUGUCACUUUUCCAUUUUCUUAUUUAGAUGUAAUACUAUCUCUUGGGCUACUCCCCCAAAUCAAAAACAAAUUGGGCUGAGAUACAAGGCACUUUGUUGGUCUAUAUUUCUAAAACUAUUGCUCAAGUGCUGGUAUAUUUACCUUUACCAGUAUGCCAUUUUACACAAUCAACUCAAAGUAAAGUCAUUUUCUGUAGUGGCAUUUCACAAACAAUAAUAAGAAAUUAUCCCCAUCCUAUAUACUUAGGUUAUACUCUCAGAUAACAAAAGCAUUGGUGAGGACAAUAGUACCCACAUAGGAUACACUAGGAAGAACAUCACACACAUAUGGAACAUACAAGGCUAAGUAAACUCACAUCACACUACUGGGUCUAUUAGUUUUUUGCCCCAUCCCCCAUGAUGUCUUUACGCUAUCUUGCUGCAUGUGUCACAUCACUAGGUUCCAUAUACUUGCUCAUGUUUCUAUGGAUUAACUCAACUGUGCAGAUAGAUUCUCUGGGCCUGCUUUUUGCUGGUAAUGGAAUCUAUUGUAAGUAAGUUGCUCUACUGCAAAAUAGCAUUUCUAGUGGGACAGGGAAAAGAAGAAACUCUCUCCUCCCUUCUGCACUCUGGAGGAGGUAAAGAUGGUUUCCUCUCAAGGGCUAGUUUAUUUUUCCAGCUAGCAAAUGGCUAGCUACUUUAAAAUUCUAUGAAAUUGACAGAGGAAUUUAUCAACAUCUUAGAAAAGUAUAAAAAUUUCUUUAAAAUCAGAAAGAGGGAAAUCAUUUUAUAAAGUACAAAUGUACAAAUUUCACUUUUGAAGUCUUUAUAAUUUGAAGUUACUAAAAAUGUGAGACAUUAUCCUCUAUUUCAACAAGUAGAAAAGAUACUACAUAAAAAAUUCAAAUUAAAGUACAGGACAGAUCAAAUAUGAAAGGGCCCCAUUCUAAACAGACUUGCCUACAAAGCUAUACAUUUUUAGAGGGUUUAGAGGGAUUUUAGAACAUCAUCAGUCCUCUGGAACUAAGAUUAUUUUAACCCCAGGAAGCAGAGGGAAAGAAAAAAACAAAACAACUUGGAGCACUUUAUAUAUACAAGCAGUUCUGAUUUCAGAAUAAAUAGGGAAUAGGAGAUACACAAAUACCCUUAACAGGGUACUCUUAACAGUACUCUUAACAGAGCACAGUUCUAUCUAUACAUAUACUUGGAAGCAGGGUCCCCAAGCACUCACAUGUAUGGACAUAAAGUGAAACAGAUUGCACAUGCUUGAAGGAAUGGGCCCUUACUGGCCAGUCUUCUAUUAUAUAGAAAUCCCUUCAAUGAUAUCCUUAAUAAGUGAUUAUCCAAUUUCAUUUAAACAGUAAAAAGAGAAUUCUGUAACGCCUAUGGCAAUCCAUUUUGCCAGCUGUGAAGUUUUCCCUUAUACCAAGCCAAAAUCUACAUUCCAUAAUUUCUAUCCAUUAACUUUAUCAUUGGUUCUGGGAUUAAAAAGAAUAAUUUGAGUCAUUUCACAUGACAAUCCUUCAAAGAACUCAGGAAAGGUAUUAUUCUUAUUCAGGUUAUACAUUCCUUGUCAAAAGUUCUCUUUUGCAGAUUAAAUAUCCUUGAAUCCUUCUCAUAGGGCAUGAUUCUGUCACUAUAUUACUUACUCUCCUCUGGACUCAUUCUAGGAAGCAAAUAUUUCUUCUAAAAUGUGGCAUCCACAACUGAACACUAUGUCACAUAUACUCAGAACAAGGUAGAGAAGUCAUGGUACUAUCACCUCCAAUAUGCUGGAAAUUAUACAUAAAAUGGCAUUUUCCUUUUUGGUAGCCAUAUUAUACAAUGAACUCACAUUAAUUUCACAGUCCACUGGUACACCCAAUUCUUUCUCUUUCCAUUCCCCUAAAAUUUACAUAAUUGAUUUUAAAAUUUGUUUUAGUCUUGACGUUUGUUCCUAUCAAGUUACAUCUUAUUACAUUUCACCUGAUUGACAGCUUAACUUGCCUACUUCCUUAGCAACAUCUACUAUAUAUAUUCCUUAUUGUUAUAAUGUUAAGAGUUUAAUUUGUGUAAAGGUGUUCUUUGUCAGGAUCCCAUCUAUUCUUUCUAGAGAAAGAAUGUUUUUGUAGUAAAGCAUCACAGAUGUGGGAUAGGAGCAAUAUUUUGUACUAAUUGUUCUUACUAUACCAUCUUAGUAAAAACUCCUUUCAAAACCUA